AUGUAGGUAUCUCUAGAUAAUGACAUCAAUCAAGAUUUUCAAGAUGCCAUUGAUGUGAUGCAGCGACACUCAGACAUUUUCUAUUGUGACACAGACAGCAAACACUACGAGUCUCUCAGGAGUCAGGAGUCUUCACUGCAGCAUCCUGCGUCUUGUUACCACUACACCCCUAACUGUUGGGUAUCACCAGCCCCAAGUGACUGGAGUGAAUUAUCACAGUGGUCUCCUCUUGUGCCAGAGGGAAAUCCAUGGGCAAUGACUGAGCCCACAACACUUUAUCCUAUUUUACCAGAACGCCUCAGAAAAGGUCGUAAGAAGUUGCGUCUGUACGAAUACCUGCAUGAAGCCCUGCAUGAUGCCAGUAUGGGUGACUCCAUUCAGUGGACAGACCGUGGCAGUGGAACCUUCCAUUUCAUUUCCAAAAACAAAGAGAAGCUGGCUGAAUGCUGGGGCCAGCGCAAAGGUAACCGCAAGGCCAUGACCUAUCAAAAAAUGGCACGGGCACUUCGUAACUACAGUCGCACAGGAGAGAUCGUCAAAGUGCGUCGCAAGCUCACCUACCAGUUUAACCCCAUUAUCCUGCAAAGACUAGAGACCAUGACAGCACCCACAUCUGGGCAUCCAUCCCAAGAGCUUGUUCCUCAUCACACCUCACACAUCCCGGCUGAACAGGGCUAUUACUGCACAGCAGGAGCUGACUGGCACAGAUGGUAUGGGCAGCACCCUUUUCAGACAGAUUAUGACAUAACUGCUGUACUAACAUCCUCAGACAAUCUGAAAGCACAUGUUCUUUCUCAGUAAAAGGACUGUAUGUAAAUCACUUUUCUAUUUUUAUGUGCAUGUUA